AUGGGAAGAAAAAAGACAUUGGAACUUGCCUACAUAACAGAAGACAUUGAAGAUUCUGGAGGAAUGUUGACCAAUAAUGGGGACCGUCGAAGAACUCCAGGAGGUGUCUUUUUCCAGAUUCUCAAAACUGAUCCUUCUUUUACUAAAGAGAAAAUGAAGGCUGUAUUUGGAGAUGAAAUGAAAAAAGAAGCCAAAAGAAAGAAAAAAUUACGAGCCAAGCGCAUUAAACUCUCUCUUCAAAAGAAGAAGAACAUUUCUGCUGAAGAUGAGGAUGCCAUGGAAAUGGAGAAUGCUGCGGAUGCUUCACAGUCGAUUGGAGAGCACCAGAGUAAAAAUGAUUGCUUAGAUGAUUGUGAUGACGAAAAUUCCAAGGACGCUUCACGUGGAAGUUCGGAAGCUUCAAAUUGUCCCGAUCCAGAAACAAUGGACUUAUCAGAUCUUCUGAAGCACCACGUCGAAAGACGUCGUGUUGAGGAAGAAGAAGAAGAAGAAGAAGAAAAAAAAAAGGCAGCAGCAGAGCACAAAGAGGAAAGAAUCGAGAAUCAGUCAGCAGAGAUGCAGCCAAAGGAGUCAUUGCCAUUCUUGGAGCCCGAUAUCUGUUUGGAUGAUGAAUCAGAAAUGACAUUUGAUUUGUGA